GUUUGACGCGACACGAACGUAAAGUACGCGCACCGUAUCUUUUGCACGCCGCGCCGCCGGGACGUUCGCCACCAUGAUGGACCCUUUCUACUGGGAUCACCACCACCAGCACCACCAAUCCCAGUACCAGCAGCAGCACCAACACCACCAACAGCACCAGCAGCCGUUCCAUUAUCAUCAUCUGCACCAGCAGCAGCACCACCAACAGCCGCCCGCAGCGCCCCCGCCGCCCCCGCCGCCGCCACCGCCGCCGCCGCAGCCCCCGCCAAAAUUAGAAGUCUCGGCCAACCGCCAAACCGACAACACCGACAACGCUUCAGACGAUUCGUAUUUGACGUCGUCGCACGUGAGUACAGCGAAUCCGUGUACGCGCGUAGUAUUGCACGAGUCUAGUAAUUAA